GUCUGUGUAAUGUAGAUAAAUGUGAGGGAUUUUCUCUCUAAAUCCGUCUCCUGUUCGCUAAAUCUCACUUCUCCAAAACGAGCCUGCGCAAUGGAACAAAGUCGGAAUAUUGAGAUGUGACAUUGCCCGCAUCUCAUCCUCUUUCUCCCCGUUUUUAAUGACUUCAAACAAGUUCAUUUUCGCCGGGCUUUGUCUUGCGGAGACCCGUGGGGAUGUCUAGCGCUCUUUCCUUUCAGUGGCAUUUAUGUGAUGUCUUCAAGAGUGCGAUGUGCUGUAUCUCCUGUAGCCACACCCUCUCACUACUGCUGUGCGUCCUCACCCUGACUCCGACGGCAACAGGGGCGGGACCAGAGACCCUGUGCGGGGCGGAGCUGGUCGACACGCUGCAGUUUGUGUGUGGAGAGAGAGGCUUUUAUUUCAGUAAACCUACAGGCUAUGGCCCCAAUGCACGGCGGUCACGUGGCAUUGUGGACGAGUGCUGCUUCCAAAGCUGUGAGCUGCGGCGCCUGGAGAUGUACUGUGCACCUGCCAAGACUGGCAAGGCUGCUCGCUCUGUGCGUGCACAGCGCCACACAGACAUGCCAAGAGCACCUAAGGUUAGUACCGCAGGGCACAAAGUGGACAAGGGCACAGAGCGUAGGACAGCACAGCAGCCAGACAAGACAAAAAACAAGAAGAGACCUUUACCUGGACAUAGUCAUUCAUCCUUCAAGGAAGUGCAUCAGAAAAACUCAAGUCGAGGCAACACGGGGGGCAGGAAUUACCGAAUGUAGGGAACGAGCGAAUGGACAAAUGCCCAGCGACUUGGGAAGAGAGAAGGGAGUGGCCUUACCUGGUACCCCUGUGGAAUGGUUCACUGUAAAACAAAACAGAGAGGAGGCUAACAAUGGUCUGAAAAGCUCUUCAAAAUGAUUGAAACCUGAGAGCUAAGUCGUGUUUAAGGGUUUGAUGAGGGAUCUCGUGAUUAUUUUAUACACUGCACCAUUCCAUAUCGGGAGGAAUUCUUUGUUAAUGCAAUGUAACAGACUAGUUUAGCUGCUGAGACACGAACAAGAGCUUAUUAUACCUCCAUGUGUGAGCUGCAGCAUCCCCUGGCUCCAGGAAAGGUGGGGACGGAUCUGGGCAGCAGCCAAUCAGAGAGCGGCAGGCUGUGUUUGAGAAUGAGUGGUCCACCCUGUUCCUUGAACUUUGCGGAGGUAAAUCCUUUUUACUCUGAGAGAGUGGGUUCAUUCACUCUUUUGGUAAGACAGAAUACUUUGUCACCGGUCACAUAUAACAGUUACUACCCCAGUUAAAAUCUGUUUAUCUUACCUUCAGAGUUUGUUUUUAUGCACCAUGCAUUAUUGAGGAUAUUUUUAAUAAGUGAAAACAAGGUUUGCUUUAAAGGACAAAGACCAGAUGGUUCAUUAUCAGACUUUAAAACAUUGUUGUAGUUAUUUUACCUUGAGCCCAAGUCAAAUCCCUACUUCUCACUGACUGAAGGCAGCGUUCUUUCUAAGUGGAGUCCCUUGAAGGUUUGAGUCCAAUCCAAAUCCCUCCUAAGCCUCAGGAAGUGUUGAGAAUAUGAGGACUGAGUCUACAAUCCAAACACUUCUAUAACAACAGAUCAAGCACCAUUAAAGGGGAUUUUAAGGAACAGUAAGUACUACAAAAACAAGAUUGUGCUUCUGCGUGUUUUAAAAAAACAGAGAAACAGAUUUACCAGAAGCUAAAUUGAAUUAGAGUCUUUUGGACAGUCUUUGCAUGGUGCUUGUUUGGUUGUCAGAAAUGGGUCAUUCAGUGGAUUCAAAGUGCAUUUGGCAUAAGUCAGUGGAAUAAGUCAAAUAGCGACAAUCGGGCAAAAUGUUUGUCGUCUGCAUCCUUUUCACAUGUCACCACCGUUGCCAGAUCAGAUUUUUGUCAACAAUCCAGGCACCGGCGAUCAACAUUUGAGUCUGAGUGGAGGCCUGCGUUCAAGGUUAUGAAAGUUGAGUCGCAAAUCAACAAGCGCCUCUCUAAGAGACCCACCAGAAUCAGCUAGUCAAACAUUUUUCUUAUUCUCUUGAAGAAGUAACAUGUUCCCAAAUCUGUCAACCCCGACGUUUAAAGCAAAAGACGGAGGCUCUAACAAUAGAUGGGACGUUUAGUGAUUGAUCAAUCUUGGCUUGUUAUAUUUUGUUAGUUUAGGGAGGCCGAGAACUUUGCUACUUAAUUUGUCACUUGGACUGCAUAUCCUGCCAUCAUGGCGAGAGUACAAGAAAAAUCCACAGCAUCCAUCGCAAAGUCCACCGAAGAAACGCGCAGGUUACAUGAUUUGGUAAAUAUUACAAAGUAAAAUGACAAGCCCACCUUGCAGAUACGGCACACAUAUAACAGUACACAAACACGCAGACAAUGCACCCACAGUGUAAAUGAGAGUUGUGUAACUGUGAGCAAGGGUUAAGCACACACAAACAGUUCUGAGAAGUCCUUGCAUGAGGACUGAAAGUCAUGGCUGUUUGUUCAAGCCUCCAUUUGGAUUUACAUGUCAUUUUAUCUCACAAACCACCCAAAACGUCUCAUCUCUGGCUCUGCCUCCUCUGCCUGUGUAUAAUCAAACAGUAUUCCCAUUUAUGUUAACCUAUGCAUUACUAUCAUUCAUUGUACAUGAUGGUUUCAUAUAACAAAACUGUAUUAAGAAUCCUAUCCACUGUAUAAUGGUGCUAUUUUGUAGUUUGUUACUUGCAAGAGAUGGCUAAGACAGACAGAUGGCAGGGCUUACAUUGGAGGUCUUCCCUUUUGCACAGCCUUGUGGCCACCAUUUUAAUAGUGUUUUUAUUUGUAAGCUGUUUCAAUAAGGUAGUUGUGUAAGCGAGUAAAUGUAUCUGUGUGAAAUCUGUGAAUGCAUGGAGAUAAAAAAAAAAGAAAAGAAAAAGAAAAUACAAUGUUGUGGUCCCAAGAAGGCAAAAUGCUAUUUUUUCUACUGUUUUUGAAUUAUUUUCUCAAUAUAGAUCCCUUAUGCCAAAUAACUUGACAAAAGUACUGUGAACUGUGAUUCUUCCAAUUGUAUUGAGAUUGUUAAAAUUCAUGGUGUGCUUUUGUCUGUCCUGAGAUGUGUGUGUACAUGCACUUCACUGGAAGCCAAGGUAUUAUUAAAAACACUUAACGCGAGACUACGUAACCUUUGCUGAACAGCGGCCACUGUGGCUACAAGUGGUAAUUACAGGAUAAUGGCAUAUUAAAUUUGCCUUCAUUUCCCAAGAUUCUCUUGAGUCAGAUGCUUUAAAGACACCGUUAUGUUUAUCUGUAUAUCUGUGACAUGCUAAAAUGUAGAAAAGAGCCAUAAUGUCAGCAAAGUUACUAUUACUAAUAUCACACAGCAUCCAGCUUAAAUGAAUAGUUUAGAUUUUGGGGAAAUACACCUCUUCACUUUCAUAACCCCUUCUUAUCCUUUUGUUAAAUAUAAAGCAAGCAGGAAGCAGCCAGUUAGCUUAGCUUAGCAUUAAAAGUAGGAACAAGAGGAAUCACCUGUCCUGGCUCUGUCCGAAGUUAACAAAAUCCUCCUACCAGCACCUCUAAAGCUCACAAAUUACCAUUAAUAAGGGGCAUAAAACCAUAUUGCAUCGUUUUUACAUCUUUUAUCUUUAAAAAAAAAAAAACUGAACUAGAUGUGUGUUAAUAUGUGAGGUCUAGAGGUGCUUGUAUACAGACUUUUUUAUCCUUCGGACAGAGCCAAGGAUAGCAGUUUCAUCCUGUUUCCAGUCUUUAUGCUAGGCUAAUCUAACUGGCUCCUGGCUGUAGCACGAUAUUUAGCGUACAAAUAUGAGAGCAUUAUCAAUAUUCUCGUCUAACUUUUGGUAAAAAUGCAAAAUGAACUUAUUUCCCUAGAUCUCGAACUGUUCCUUCUGAGUUUGCUAACAUUAGCCUGCAUUAAGCUACCGGCUGUAGUGAUAAAACCCCUGAGUGAAUUGAAUAGAGCAAGGGUGCGUUUUGUUGGGAAUGAAUUCAAAUUUUCAUUUGCGAGAGAAAGAUUGUAUUAUUCCCUUUUAAAAGUUGCAUAGUCUCGCUUUAAGAAUAAGCCAGGAGUUUAAUUUAUUUCGACUAAAACAUUUGUUAGCAGCUCUCUGAUUUAAAGCUUAUUUUCAAUGAUUAAUUUAAGUGUGUUUUUAUCUGUAACGAUCAAGGUUUUAAAAUGGGAAUUUGCAUAUGUACUUUGGUGUCUAUUCUUUACAAAUUCUCAUCUCAGUCGACCUGGCGGCUGAAAUGAAAAAGAAGCUGGUUGGAGAACAACUCCUGUCCUCCCAGAUCUUCAUAUAUACAGUGCAAACCAAAGACUUUUUAAUGAGAAGAAAGCCUCACUAAGCAUUAUUAUGUCAUGAACUAAACCCAGAUCAUUAAAUAUCAAUUGAUAUCAUCCUUGUCUGAACUGCACUGCAGCUACAAUACACCCUUCACACACUGUCUCUGGUACCUGAAAUACAGCUUGUGUAAUAGAUAGUAAAGUGAGCCAGACUAAACUCCUUCAGUGUAUCUGGUAUAUUUGGAGCAGCGAUAAAGAAAGCUACAGCAAGUGACUUCAAAUCAUGUGAAUCAUUCAAAAAAUGUCUGUCAUUUGUGUGAAAUAAUCAAUAAAGCCUCAAAUGUGGGAGUUAGAGAGCCAUUCAUGACUCUGAGGUGUUUAAUGAGAAAAUGUCAUUUCCUGAAGCUCACUGUCCAAGAAACUGUUUGAUUACAGCGCUGUUAUUUAUGGUGCUCGAUUGCCUUCUGUAGAAAAAAAUACUGACAAAUUGUUCACCAUUCCUGCUGAAUAAACCAC